AAAUUAAUGGUUGAUAUUUCGCGUCUUAUGCGAGUAAAAUUAACGAUAAGAUUAGGGCUUCAAAAUCGUAAUAUUAUAUUACUGUAUUGUUUGCCUCGAGGUUUUCGUGUGUAAAAAAAAAAAAAAGAAAAAGACGAAGACACCUGCGGUAUCCUCCAAAACGAAUUAUUUGUGUACAUAUACGGCGGGGUUAGGAUAAUCGAAGAUUAUCGUAACGAUAUCAGCGCCACGUUUUAACACCGAAACUCGUUUUGGUUACAGCUGUGAGGUACGAAACCGUCGUAAAAUUCUCUGUGUGACAAGUGUCAGCUAUAUCUUUCUCUUUUUCGGAUAUAUAAACGCGACUUUUUGCUAACUGACGAGAGAGAAUAUUUUCAGCACGAAAAUGAGGGAGGCUGGAAUUAUGCUGAUAAGCACCGCGCUAACGUGCGUUGUUAUCGGCAAUGCGUAUUAUCAAAGAAAACAAUUCUAUCCGACCGUUGUUCACAUAACCAAAUCCAAUCCGAGCAUGACCGUGAUUUACGCGCAAGGAUUCAUACUCGCGUUCAUGAUAAACGCCUUUCUGCGUAAAAUCUUUUUCGGUACCUUACGCGCUGCCGAGCUCGAGCAUCUGGUAGAAAAAGUGUGGUAUGCGGUGACGGAAACAUGCUUAGCAUUUACAGUGUUCAGAGAUGAUUUCAGUCCUAAGUUUAUAGCGUUAUUUACUCUCCUCUUGUUCUUGAAGUCAUUUCACUGGCUUGCAGAAGACCGUGUCGAUUAUAUGGAAAGAAGCCCAGUAAUCACAUGGUUAUUUCAUCUCAGAGUUGCUACUUUACUAGGACUUUUAUUUGGCAUAAAUUUAACAAUGAUUCAUUAUGCAUAUAAUACAACAGCUACUAAAGGACCUUCUGUACAACUUGUAUUUGGUUUUGAAUAUGCAAUUUUACUGACUGUUGUUUUUAAUAUCACUGUAAAAUAUGUAUUACACACUAUUGAUCUACAGAGUGAAAAUCCAUGGGAUAACAAGCCAGUAUUUUUGUUGUAUACAGAAUUGAUUAUUGGCUUAUUAAAGGUUAUCCUCUAUGUUGCCUUUGUGACUUUAAUGAUAAAGUUAUUCACAUUACCUCUAUUUGCAUUGCGUCCUAUGUAUUAUACAAUGCGUGACUUUAAAAAAGCAUUUCAUGAUAUUGUAAUGUCACGAAGGGCCAUCAGGAAUAUGAAUACACUUUAUCCAGAUGCAACAACUGAAGAAUUAGCUGCUGCUGAUAAUGUCUGCAUAAUAUGCCGGGAAGAAAUGGUUGCAGCUAGUAAAAAAUUGCCAUGCAAUCACAUUUUCCAUACUGCUUGUCUACGUUCUUGGUUUCAACGUCAACAAACAUGUCCGACGUGCCGUUUGAAUAUUUUGCGACCUACACCGAACAAUGCACCACCAAGGCAACAAAAUCCUCCCCAGCCAGGACCGCAGGCGCCUCCUCAACCUCCACAAGCACCUGGUGGCAAUCCCCCUAUUGGGCCACCAUUACAUUUCCCAGUAUUUUGGGCGCAGCAGCAGCAACCACCUCAAAAUAAUGCUGGAAGUACGCCUCCACCUCAAAGUAUACCACCUACUGGAAAUAUACCGCUUUUCCCGCCACUAUUUCCUGCAAUAGUGCCAUUACCACCUAUUCCUGUACCACCACCAAAUUUAACUGAACUAAGUGAAGAAGAGCUUAGAGCGAUGGAAGGUAAUUUGCGACAAGCUGUUCAGGCCAGGAUACAAACGUUGCAAAGAAUUCAACUUUUACUGGAUGCAGCCAAUGCAAUGAUGAAUCAAUAUCAAACAGUGGCUGUUACAGCUAACAUUCCUGUGCAUAACAGUUCUGCAAGCAAUAUCGAUAGUACAUUGGAUACGUCUACAAUGACAAAACCAAGUACAAGCAAUAUAGCGCAUGCAAACGCUGAGAUCACUGGCGAAAAUUCUCAGGUUAAAACGGAAGAUACUCCUAUUCCAAGUACAUCUAAAGAAAAUACUUCUUUUCCAAGUACAUCAAAAGAAGACGUUUCUACAUUUAACGAAUCUACCGAUAUGCCAGAUUUGUCUAGGACUGAGACGGAAUCUUCGAACGAACAAGAAACGCUGCGCAGACGUAGAUUACAAAAAUUUUCACCUCCGCCAGCAACAGAAUAAAUAAAAAUAAAAUUGUGUGAUAAAGAUUAUGUAACAUAAUAGUCUUUAAUUUGGUUAAAUAUCGGCCUCAAUUAAUUCAAACAAUUAAUAAUUGAGGACUGUAACAACUAAAGUUUGGAUUUUGUGAUCGAUAUGAGAGAAUUGAAUGAUAUUUGAAUUAGUCAGUCAAUCUGUUAAGGAAAGAUAGAAAUCAUUAUAAAGAAUUCUCUAGCGAUUGUUAAAUCCAAGACUUAGUAAUAACUGAGACUGAAAGCUCGAGACUCAAAUCAUAAACUGAAGUUAAAAUAUCAGCAUUCAUGAACAUGUGAAGAAUUAUUUUUUAAUGAAAUGACAAUUUUUUUUGUCUUUCUUUUUAUAAAUCAGAGUAUUAUCUUUCUAUUAUCGAAAUAUGUAUGAGAGGUAUGAUAAAUUAGUUCUAUUGGCAUUACAAUUUUGAGAUUUACAAUCAUGUUUAUUUGUAUAUAAUUAGAUUUUCUCUUAGAUUCCUUAUAUAGUUCUUACAAUCGUAUAGAAAAAUUUCUUGUGAAACUUUGUGAAAUUCUCUCUCUAUAUUCUUUACAUAAAAUGUAUUUGAGUACCUUUGCCCUUAAGCUUUAAUAUAUAAAAUUUCUCUCUUACGUAUAGUUAUAAUUAUAAUCAUAUUACUUGUAAAUAAGCAAUUUUUCUCUUAUUCUUUUACGAUCGAAUCAAGAAAAGAUAUCAAUAUUAAUUACAA